GCAUUGACCUACUCACCCCUAGAAUGCGUAGUAUGGCUACGUACGUUUAUUCCUCAAUGUUGCUAAUAUCGACCUUGAAUGGAAUCGGGUACCGAAUUAGAGGAUAAGCGUCUCUGUCUGGUCGGUACCAGGCAUCAGAGGGUUAACGUCUGGAAGAAUGUCGACCAUUUUUAUGGCCCAAUUAAAGAAAACGGAUUGUAAUUUACACAGAUUUCUUAAUUUUUUACUUUUUGCGAGCGUUUAUAACCUGCUUCUUUGUGUUGGGUGUUACAAAGGCUGCCAUCUGGCAUUGAUCAACUCACACGAUUAUCCUCAGAUAAGGGUUAUCUGUCGAAAACUCAGUCGUUAAUCAUCUUCGAGGAAUGUUCAAUUAAUCAUUAUAGGCUCAACUCAUUUUAAGAAAAGAAAUUCUACGUGACCGGCAUAUAGCCUUUAAUUAUAGGCGACUUUGUAUAUUUUUAGACCAACGGAAAAAAAGAAAACUGCCUAAAACGCAGCGGUCGACGCAUUAGUCAAAGAGCUAAAAAUAGAAUUUUCAGUAGUAUGGCUAUCGCGUCGGUUUUCCUCGAAUAAAAGGGAGGGAGAAAAAUUCUUUAAAUUCUAUUGAGAACAUAAACUGAUGAUAGACAUAAUGGUACAAAAUGUAUAUAGUACCAGUAGCAAUAGUUGAAGAGAGUGAGAGAGAGGGAGGAAAGCAGGAGGGAAUGGCAGUUGGAGAUUUUAUACUUUAACUAUGGUAGAAGGUUAGAAUAAGAGUUCUUGUACUCGGAGCAACUUCAUUUGUAGGAAGCCACGCAAUCCGUGAACUUCAAGAAAAUAAUCUGAAGGUUCGCGUUGCGGUGGUAGAUCCUGAGAAAGAAGAUGAGACCGAACCACUAAAGGGUAUCGUUAAGGAGACGGAGGUUCCUUUGGAAUUUUGUAAGGUUGAUUACGAAGCCGAGAAUGGUUGGGAGGAGGCCUUAAAAGAUGUGUCGCAUGUCGUGGCUGCAUCUACUACUUGGGUAGCAGAGAACGGCGAUGUCGACAUAGCUAAAAAGGCUGCAGAAUCUACUACCAAGUUUAUGACUGCUUGUAAAAAUGCUCGGGUUAAGAGGGUUGUUAUGACAUCAACCUCAACGACAAUUACUGGAUCUCUACCCGACGAUACCGAAGGAAAAGUUUACACUGAAGAAGACGAAGCCGAAGCGGACAAAAUUAGCAAUUUAAAUCAUAAAGUUAAUUUGGCUGUUGAGAGAGCUGCUCUAGAUUUCGACAAGGAGAAUGAAAGUGACGAUAAAGUCCAAGUCGCUAUUUUAAAUCCUCAAUAUUCUGUUGGACCUAUCUUGUUGCCACAUCAAGCUGGUCGAGAAGAUGCUAAUGUGACAUUCAUCAAGCAUCUCUUGAAAUCAAAGAGUUUCGUUGGAGUUCCGAAAAUCUACGUUUACGUUGUAGACGUUAGAGAUUUGGUCAAACUAGUUGUCAAGGCUUUGAAUUCAAAUGCAGCAGUUGGAAGUCGUCACAUCGUUGCUUCAAAGGGAAUGUUCCUCAACGAGGUCUCUCAGGUGAUUUCGAAGGAAUUCAAAACCCAAGGUUACAGUGUUCCAACAUCAAAUUCUCCGCUUUUCCUUUUGAAAGCGAAGGGUUUAUUUAACAAAAAUACAAAGAACGACGUUUUACCGCGAGUUGGAAAAGUUUGGAAAAUGGAAAGUCAGAAAAUGAAGGAUCUUGAAUUCGAGCCCGAACCCGAAAAUAUUGAAGAGGCUAUUAAGCUUAUGUGUUAUUCCCUUAUUGAUAUGGAAUACGUUAAAAAAGCUAAAAAGUAUCAAGGGCCGAACAGGUCGAAAUCAACGGACGAAAAAGGUGAAACCAACGGCGCCACCAACGGCGAUGCUAAUGGAGAAACCAAUGGUGAAGCUAAUGGUGAAACUAAUGGCGAAGCAAACGGCGAAGCGAACGGCACGGCAAAUGGUGAAGCUACCACGAAUGGAAAUGGCAAGCCUAAGCCAAACGAAAGCGAUAAACCAGCGGCUGAGAACGGAGAAUCGACUCCCGCCGCCACUAAAACCGAAGAAAAGGCUGCUGAAGAGCCAAAAGUAGAAGCUCCAAAAACUGAAGAAAAACCGGCCGAAGUAGCCAAAGAGGAGCCAAAAAUUGAAGUAGAAGAAACUAAAGCUGUACCGGCGGAAGAACCAAAAGCCGCCGAAACUACUUCAGAAGAGAAUAACGCUGGAGAAGCGCAGCAAACCGAAUAA